AUGGGUAGGGACACUAUUUCCAAUAUAAUAACUUCUAUAAGAAAUGCUGACAUGGAUAAAAAAGGAACGAUUCGAAUAGCAUCUACUAAUAUUACCGAAAAUAUUGUGAAAAUACUUCUACGAGAAGGUUUUAUUGAAAACGUUCGGAAACAUCAAGAAGGUAACAAAAAUUUCUUGGUUUUAACUCUGCAACAUAAAAAGACUAGGAAAAGAAUACAUAAAACUAUUUUAAAGCGUAUCAGCCGACCUGGUUUACGAAUUUAUUCCAACUACCAACAAAUUCCUAAGAUUUUAGGUGGAAUAGGAAUUGUAAUUCUUUCCACUUCUCGAGGUAUAAUGACGGAUCGAGAAGCUCGACGAGAAAAAAUUGGAGGCGAACUUUUGUUAUAUAUAUGGUGA